AUGAUGGACAUGUCUGACGAUGCAGGCUCCGGCCUCCCAUGGCUAGACCAGCCUGUGAUGCUUCAUUCUUCCCGGAAAGACACCUGCAAAUUGAGUCCGGAGCAGUGCGCCUACCGUCGUGGCCACUGGCGAUACUGGUACGAAGCGGAUCAUGUCUACGCCUUGAACACUGUCUACUUCAUGUGUGUGACCAUCGGAGUCUUCGCAAUAGCGCACUUCCUCUCCCGGCGAGCUCCUCUACCCGUGAAGCGCAGUGCUGUUUGGCGGAAGACAACGGCUGCCAUACGCUAUCUGUCCUAUCAGGGAUACCAGAUAUCGUCCUUGCGGUACUGGUCCCCGUCUCUGGGCGUGAUGUUCCUAGGGCUGGUGGGAUUUGUCUUCUUCUUUGUCAUGACCCUGGGCCCGAAGCCAUACUACUGGCCUAAUACGGCGACGGUGUCCUAUGGAAGUAGUCCGCCGAUCGCGACGAGGACGGGGUGGAUGGCCCUGGGCCUUCUUCCGUUUGUGCUGGUCCUGGGAACGAAAGCGAAUCUUAUCUCAAUGCUCACUGGUGUACCGCAUGAAAAGCUGCAGGUCUUCCAUCACUGGGCCAGCUACGCCAUGUUCGUCCUGGCAUUGAUCCAUACCUUUCCCUUCAUCAUUGUCCAUAUCGACAAGGGCGAUAUGGUCAAACAGUGGAAGACGGAGGUGACGUACUGGACUGGAGUUGCGGCGCUGAUUCCCCAGGCGUAUUUGACCUUCAUGUCUUUGCCGGCUAUCCGAAACCGAUACUACGAGUUCUUCAAAGCAACACACAUCACCGUGGCACUGCUCUUCGUCCUCUUCUUCUUCUUCCACUGUGACUUUCGUCUCACAUCUUGGGAUUACUUCAUCGCCGGGGGCGCCCUCUACCUCUUCAGUCUCUGCGCAGCAUAUAUCCGCACCACCCUCCUCCACGGCCGCCACAAAGCCACCCUCGACGUCCUCCCCUGUGGCUUGGUCCGCAUCAAAAUCCCAACCUUCAUAACCUGGUCCCCAGGCCAACACGUCUUCCUCCGCUUUUUGAACGCCUCCCAGCUCGGCCUGCACUCUCUAACCGCCCAUCCCUUCACCAUCACCUCCAUCGCCCACGACGCAGCUUCCCUGUCCAAGCACAACGAACUCGUCUUCUACAUCCAACCCCGCGGAGGGAUCACCGCCCGACUCGCCAGCCUCGCCGCGCAGCGCCCCGGCACCGAGCAAACCGUCCUCCUCGAAGGUCCCUACGGCGGCCUCGCUGCAUCCGCAGGCAAAGACCUCGCGCGCUUCGACUUGGUUCUUGUCAUCUCGGGUGGCUCAGGCAGCGGCUUCUCGCUGGGAAUUGUGGACGCCGUGCUUGCCUCAUCCUCGCACUCAUCCUCCUCAACACCAGCUCUACAGACCAUCUUCGCAACGCGCAACCAGUCAAUGGCAGAGUGGUAUGUUGAAGAAAUCGAAAGCCGCAUCUCAACGUCCAAUGUCUCUACCAGAGGCGGGGACGUUUCCGCCUCGGUUUUCGUUACCCGUCAACAGGAACAGCAGCAUCGGCAGACAGAUGACGAGAGUAAACUCCCCUCCACAAAACCUCUCGCCCGCAGCAUGUCGCAGAUCGGCAUAACACACGGUCCCCCGCCGGAUCUGCCUGCCUUCAUUGCCGGCUGUACAUCGCCGUCCAGCGCGCGCGGUAAGCGGUUAGGCAUCUUCGUCUGCGGGCCGGCGAGCAUGCUGCACGAUGUGCGGAAUGCCGCUGCGCGGGCGCAGCGGGAUGUCCUGGGAGAUGGGCCGGAGGAGGUGUAUUUGCAUUUGGAGCCGUUCUCGUAA